CCGUCAAUAAAAAGAAAGGCGAGGAGCCAGGCAAAAGAAACAAACUACAGUUGGAGGCCAUUCAACAUUCUGCGAAUGAUAUCACGAGCCUUCUCACAGCUCCACAUCUAUGCGCCAGGGUUGAACUAAUUCUUCAUCAUUAUUGAGGGACUAUCUUUGCCAAGAAUGGAGUGGUAUGCCCUGGUGCUGAUACUCAGCUUGUCAUCUUCCAUCCAAGCAGAUUGCACGUCCCAAUGUCUGAAAUGCGCACAAGAAAUCUUCAACACAGACGAGCCUAUCAGCAGUUUGACUUGUACCUUGGAGUGUGAGGCCACUCUACUGAAUAGUGACGAAUUAGAAAAGUGUGGGAAGAUUCUACAGGCACGCGCUGUGGAUUUGACGGAAUUCAGCGAAGACAAUACCGGUGCAAGGAGCGCACCAGAGGGAGAAGAGGAGGAAGUCGCAAAUAAAGUCAAGCGGUAUGGUGGAUUCAUUAAAAGAAUCGAUAAGAACAAAAACAAAAUAUUUACAUCUCCUUGGCGUGAAAAUGCCGUUUUUAAAGGAGCGUUCCCCAAGAAAUACGAGGACUUGCUAGAGAAAUUUGCUGAAAGAGACCUGUCGGAGUUUUCUGAGGACGACCAGGGCGGGAGUGUAGCAUCUGAGAACGAAAAAGGGGUAUACAAUGAUGACGCCGCAAUUAAUGAAGUUAAACGUUAUGGUGGGUUUUUACGCAAAUUUGGCCCAAAAAGGAGUAACUCAAUGGAGGAAGGAAGACAAGUAGAACUACAGAAGAGGUAUGGUGGGUUCAUGCGGAGAAUUCGUCCAAAGUUGAACAACUUGAAAUGGGACAACCAGAAGAGGUACGGCGGCUUUCUACGUCGCCAUUUCAAAAUAUCCGUUCGUUCAGAUGAGGAGCCUAGUUCCUAUGACGACUUGGGGCUAUAGAUAAACGGUGAGGCCGUCAUGCAGCAUGACGUAAAGAACUUAUUCCGCAGAUUCACUUGAAUUCUCGCCAUAAUCCGAUAGUAUCCAUAUGUGUGCUGCCAAUUUCGCUUACCUGGUUGCACAUCAUUGCGGCAGAUUCCAUGUCUGUUAAUCAAAGGCCCGUACCUGCUUGUGUCAGUCAUGUUUUGAACGCCUACUGUGUGACGGACUUACCAGUGACUAAAUGUUAAAAGUUGUAUGUUAUUAGCGAAAUAUUAUUUAUAUAAUAUAAUGCUUGUUUAAUAAAAUCAUUAAUAAAAGCAACUACUUUAUUUGUC